ACCAACACAUGCAAUUUCUACUUUCUUUUUCACUUUGAUGGAUUUAAUUCACAAUUUCACAUGCUUUCAAGAAUAACUCCUUCUGUCUACAGUAUUUUGCAACCAAGAAUCGCAUCCCACUUAAGAUUAAGAGGUAUAUUAUCCUCUAUUCACCAGAAGAAAACCUUUUGUACUAGUGAGUGUUCCGAUAUGGACUUGAAAUCUGUGGUGAAGAAAUUACAACAGUUUGCAGACCCUAGUUUAGCUGAAUCCUGGGAUAAUGUUGGUCUUCUGGUGGAACCAACCCCUCCACAUGAGGUAAAAAAGGUGAUGUUGACAAAUGAUCUGACAGAGGCUGUAUAUAGGGAGGCAUGUGACUGGAAUGCAAACCUUAUUAUUUCCUACCAUCCACCUAUCUUUGCCCCUAUGAAGAAGCUUGUACAAAGUAACUGGAAGGACAGGAUCAUAACAGGUUGUAUAGAGAACCGGAUCGCUAUUUAUUCUCCACAUACCAGCUAUGAUGCCCUGGCUGGUGGAGUAAAUGACUGGCUUCUACAAGCUUUUGAUAUAAGCAGUUCUAAACCAGUUACCCAGUCAGUGACAUCUGCAGGCCCCUACAACAAAAAGCUACAACUCACUAUUUCCAGCACUGACAGGGAAUCGAUACUUAAAUGUGUUAGUGGGAUAGAAAACACCUUCACAACUGUAAAUGAACUAAAUAAGGAAUUUUGCGAGAUUAAUGUACUGUGUGGCAGUGGAACUAUACCUGCCAUAUUGGAGAGCACACAGUGCUUCUGUGACAAAAUUCAAAGCACAGCGUUAUUUGAUAUACAAAAAAUACCUAAAUCUGGAUAUGGGAUGGGCAGAAUUGGGAAGUUGACAUCACCUAUCUCUGUCAGUGAAGCUGUGGAGAGGGUAAAGAAGCAUCUUGGACUAGCACAUAUAAGGCUUGCUAAAGGAAUAGGCUGCGAUAGCAUCUCAUCAGUGGCAGUCUGUGCUGGAUCCGGUGGGGGGCUGUUGAAGAACCUGAACGUUUCUUUGUACGUCACCGGAGAAAUGAGUCACCACGACGUCCUACAUGCUGCCCAGUCAGGCGUGUCUGUCAUUUUGUGUGACCAUAGCAACACAGAGAGGGGAUUUCUCAAAGUGCUGCAAGAAUCACUGACUAAAAUCUUCCAGAAUCAAGUCGACAUUCAAGUUUCAAAGUCGGAUAAAGACCCUUUAGAUGUAGUGUGACACCUAAUAUAUCCAGUGAUUGCAAAAUAAAUAUUAAACAAAGUAAUUGCACAAUUUUAUUUUAUUAAUCUUUACAAUUCAAAAUAUGAGAUCAUAUUUUAUUAACUUUGCACUAGUGACUGCAUGUGCUCGUACAUUAUGCAAUAGAUUAGAUGUACAGCAAAUAAAAGCAAAUUCUAGGUAUACUAGUACAUAUGAAAUUUUAAUAGAUUUUACAUAAACUAAAGCCAUAGAUAAUUUUAAAAAACUAAUUUCACACAAACACAUAAGCCAACAAGAAAAAUAUUGUGGAUUUGUGUAUUCAUUUCAGAAAAAAGCAUGUAACACAGGUACCCAACAUGAGUGUUUUAUUUUCAUUUUAAUGAUAAAAAUAUUCAAUAAAUUAUGUAGGAGUAUGAUAAUGUAAACUUAUUACCGUAAUAAAUUUAGGGGGAAAAGAAGAAGACGGAAUAUAAUAGACUCAUUUUCACAAUAUCAAGCAGGUAACUACAAGGACUUAUAAGUAUGGCAAAUGUGUAGGUACAAUUAUUAUAAUAAUAUUUAAAGUAUGAUAAAAUGUAAUUAUGAUCAAUCAAAUAUAUAGUUUUAGGUCCAAACUGGCCUCAGAAGUGGCAUUUUUUAUCAUAUAGUGCAGUAUGAGGCAUAUAUCCAAAAUUCAUGCGUAAUGAUUUUAAAUGGGAAGCAUAGAUGAGGUGUGUUAAAAAAUUCUUUUACUGUAAGGUACAUAUUAAAAAAAAAGGAUACAUGUCAUGGGCUUGUAAUGUAUAUCAUAACCAUUAUAAAAGCUUGACUAGAAGGAAAAAAAAGGCUGACAUUUUUUUUUAUAGAUGCCAUGAUGUUAAAAUAUUCCCCAGGGUUUUCUUGAAAAAUGCUAUAUUA